UUAAAAGCGGAGAGACAGCGCAGAGCGCAGCAGCCAUGCAAUCCAAGUUCCCGUGGCACAGGCGGAAAGUGCGCUACAGUCGGGUGGCCAGCAAACUAAAUGAUGAAAAUGUUUCUGACGUCUGCUCAAAUGACAAGGAUAAUCAAGAAGUGACAACUGAGAGAAGGAAGAGUUCUAUGUGUUGCACAGAUGCUGGGAACCUUAACUCAGUCACAGCAACCCAGUUCAUCAAAGACAAUACAAAUGAUUUUAAUGAACCAAUACUGACAGAAGAAAGCAAGAUCCUUUCUGUAGAUCAGAUUAAUCAGAUCUUUGCAAAUCUUCCACCGAGAGUAACUACAAGUUCAUGGACUCUAGUCUAUUGUACCAGACACCAUGGAUUCAGCCUCAGAAACCUCUAUAGGACUUCACACCUUCUUGAUUGCUCUAUGUUAGCAGUAAUGUGUGAUUCUUAUAAUCAGGUGUUUGGAGUAUUUUGUUCAACUCCACUGAGAAUCAGUAGGGGUUUCUAUGGAUCAGGGGAAACCUUCCUCUUCUGCUUUUCACCCAAUCUUAAGGUAUUUAAGUGGACAAGUAAUAAUUCAUACUUCAUCAAAGGGAAUCUAGAAUCACUUGUGUUUGGUGGUGGAAGUGGUCAUUUUGGACUCUGGCUGGAUGAAGACCUUUGUCAUGGAGGAAGCAACACUUGUGAGACGUUUAACAAUGAAAUUUUGUCUAAGACGCAAGAUUUUAUCUUAAAAGAUCUUGAACUAUGGGCUUUUCUUUGACAGAGCAAUGCCUUAAAGCUGAGAUCAAUGGAUCAACAAAAAUAAAUGCUCACUGGCCACUUUAAGAGAUACACCUUGCUACUGCUGGAUUGGACCCCCUUUUACUUUUAGAACUUUUGUAAUUCUUUGUGCCAUAGAUUUAGCAAGGUGCUGGAAACAUUUCUCAGGGAUUUUAGUCCAUAUUGACAUGAUAACAUCACGCAGUUGCUGCAGAUUUGCCAGAUGCACAUCCAUGAUGUGAAUCUCCCAUUCCACCACAUCCCAAUGGUGCUCUGUUGGAUUGAGAUCUGGUAACUGUGGAGGCCAUUUAAGUACAGUGAACUCAUUGUCAUGUUCAAGACACCAGUUUGAGAUGAUUUGAGCUUUGUGACAUGGCACAUUAUUCUGAUGGAAGUAGCCAUCAGAAGCAGUCACUGACACUGCGGUCAUAAAGGGAUGGACAUGGUCAGCAACAAUACUCAGGUAGGCUGCGGCAUUUAAAUGAUGCUGAAUUGAUACUAAGAGGCCCAAAGUGUGCAAAGAAAAUAUUCCCCACACCAACCUGAAUUGUUGAUGCAAGGCAGGAUGGAUCCAUGCUUUCAUGUUGUUGAUGUCUAAUUUUGACCCUGCCAUCUGAAUAUCACAGCAGAAAUCGAGACUCAUCAGACCAGGCAAUGAUUUUCCAAUCUUCUACUGUCCAGUUUUGGUGAGCCUGUGCAAAUUAUAGCCUCAGUUGCCUGUUCUUAGCUGACAGGAGUGGCACAAGGUGUGGUCUCCUGCUGCUGUAGCCCAUCUGCUUCUAGGUUCUACAUGUUGCACAUUUAGAGAUGCUCUUCUCCCUACCUCAUUUAUAGCAAGUGGUUAUUUGAGUUACUGUUGUCAUUUAAUCAGUCUGGCCAUUCUCCUCUAACAUCAACAAGGCAUUUUCGCCCAGAGAUCAGCUGCUCGAUGGAUAUUUUCACCAGAUCACCAGUUUCUGAAAUACUCGGACCAGCCACAUUCAAAGUCAAUUAAAUCACCUUCCUUUACCAUUUUGAUGCUCAGUUUCACCUUCAGCCAGUCAUCUUCACAAUGUCUAAGUGCCUAAAAGCAUUGAGUUGCCGCCAUGUGAUUGGCUGAUUAGAUAAUUGUGUUAACAAGCAGUUGAACAGGUGUACCUAAUAAAGUGGGCAGUGAGUGUAAAAUCUGAAUCAAAGACUAUCAAAAUAAUUGAAAACCAUUCAUUUAUUGAACUACAUUUUCUUUUCAUUUGAAUAUUUUAGAAUAAGAAGAAAGCAGAUAUAAUGAAGCUGUGCUUUGCCUAUUUUAUAGUCUGUCUGUUAUAAACCAUUAAAGUGUUUGUAAUGUGUGAGCAGACAUGUGAAAAUUUAGAAUAUUUAAAAUACUAUAUGUGGUAUCCCAAAAACUAAUUUAAUGUGGGUCUCUGAGGUUGGUGUCACAACAGUUUGCUCAAUUGGCCAUGAAUUAAACAGAAUUUAUCUGACUUAUGUUUCAGUUGAAUGCUAGUAAAGACUGUUGUGCUGUAUUCUGUUGUGUUGGAAAUUCAAAUGGACAAGUCUUACCUGCCAUCAUCAAUAUCAUUUCCCAAAGCCAUCAAAUUUUCUUACAUAUUUUCCAUUAUAAAAUUUGACACAAUUGGGGUGAUAGGAAAGCCUGCUCAACACCUUGCGAUGUUUUCAAAACAAUCAUAAAAAUUCAGAAGUACCCCUCCCUUCAUAUGUCAGCUGUAUUUAGACAUCUAACACAGGUGACGUUUUCAGAAACAGCCAACCUGAAGAUUGCCACCAGUUUCCUACUUAUAGUAUAUUUGACUUGUAGUAGUUAAUUAGCUUGGGAUAUCCCACAGAUCUGUGGUGUUAUGUUGUUUAAAGUCUGUUUGAAUCCACUCUGCAAUGCCUUUUGUGAGAUGUAUGCUUAAUUUCACCACUUCUGAAUGGGUUUGUCUUCUGACUUCAGUUUGCUGCUUCAAACUGCGAAAUUUUAAAAUCCCUAGCAUAAGAGUGUAUGGGUGUGUGUUUUUUGCCUUCUAUGGAACCGACUUUCUUUUCAAAAUGUGAUCUUGCUUUGCGACUGUUGGCUAUCAGAAAAGGUGCUGGUGCCUCUGCAGUUCCAAAUGGUAAUAAGUGAGCAACAAAUACUGCUGGAUGCAUCUUGUCAUUUUGUUGUUAUUGAUAAAAGUGUAUAAAUUGUUCAUUUCAAUGGUAUUCAGUUCAUCCUUGUAUACUCUAGUUAUUAAAUUAGAAUGCAGACUCAGAGCACAUAUACACGUAUAAAACAGUUUCAUAAAUUUCUAAAAACGAAUGCACAUACAGCCCCCUUUGAUGUCAAUAAAUGUUUAAAAAUUAAGUGUAAAGUACUUGCACAUUUCCUAUUUAAUGUUUCCAUAAAUUAAAAAUAUGUAAACGCAAGCAAACAGAAGAUGCAACAAGAUAUUUUAAGUUGACAUAAAGGAGACCAAAUCAGAAACCCUAACUGAGAAAAUUCAUAAAGAAAGUAAAUGAUAGGGUACCGUACUCAAUGCUUAAAGUGGAACCAAAUUACUGGUGGUUUUCUUUUUAUGGUGAUACAGUGACACUUGAACGCCGGGAUAUGUCAACACUCGCUCUAAGAGUCGGGGAGGGGUCCCCUUCAAUAUUCUCAAAGAGGUUCCAGUGAAAAGUAAUUAGCGACAAGGUGGUGAAAGUCAAUCGAAUAGUGGGGAGUGAAACUUUGCACUUUUGGGAUACGUCAACACUCAGCUGAAGAUUUAGGGGGAAUGGGGUUGUCCCCCAUGAGUAUUUGCAAAAAGCUGCCAGUACUCACCAGUACACUAAGGAAAAGUGCCGGUACUCUGUGAUGAAACUAAAAGAGGCGGUGAGCAAACCGGCCCACUUCAAGCACUGACUGUACUUUGGAAUUGUCAUGGUCUGUUUUAGAAUUUAAGAAUUUUUUUUUAGGUUGUUGUUCUUUUUUUUGUUUUAUAUUAUUUUUUAUAUGUCUCAUUUGUGUUAAUUAUUCUGCAAUUUCUAGUUUUCUUCCAUGUUGUGUCUUUUGUUUGUUUAAUUGUAUCCUCUGUGUCUUCUGCUAAUUAUGUCAUCAAGUGUUGUAGUGUGUUUGACAGUGGAAGGGCAUGAACCCUAAUUACAUUACAAGCUCCAGAUACUGUUAUCAGAAUCAUGACAGCAGACAUAGGGACUAUUUAAGGUUCUUUCUGCCACUACAGUUUGUCAGUGGCUAUGUUCUUUACAGUUUUGUUUUCUUUCUUAUCCUCUCAUUUUGGAUUAAUUUGUUUUUUUCACCUUUAUUUUUAUUUCCAACUUUGCUUCAUGGAUUUUUUGUAUUUCAAUUGUAGUAUUUUUUUUAAACUUUUCAAAAGGUAAAUUUGUAUUUCACUUUCCCUCUUGCUUUUUGACUUUAGAAUAUUUGUUUUAUAGUUUUUACUUUUGGUCCUUUUUCUGAUAAUUAAUAUUUUGAGGUGGAUUUUGGAAUUUACUUUUGUAAUAUUGGAUAUAUUUUUGGAUUUCUUUUGAAUUAAGAAUCAUGAGCAUUUCAGAUCUUUCCAUUAUGUUUGUCUUACCUUUUGUAAUAAAAUGAUCUUUAGUUAAGUUUU